CCCCUUUCUUUUAUUCCCAAUCUUCAUUUCUGUGGGUGUUUUGAAACUUCCAUGGAAAACGUUAUUGAAAGUUCUAAUUCCUAUCGUGAGGGCACAGUUGAUGAAAUGGAGCAACGAAAAAUUGAGCUUGUUGCUGAAUUGAAUCGAAUUAGUAAGGAGAACCAGCAGCUCAUGCUCAUGAUAAAUCUUCUAUCAACUAACUACCGAAGCUUACAAACACAGCUCAUAAAGCACCAGGAAGAUAGUUUGAGACCAUCUCCAAGAACCAUGGGAAGAACACUUAAAUUAGGGAUAAACAUAGCAGAGGAUAUGCAUCAUGGAAGUUCUACAGAGGAACUUAAUAUGGAUAAGGCUCUUAAAUUAGGGAUAAACAUAACAGAGGAUAUGCAUCAUGGAAGCUCUAUAGAGGAAGUUAACAUGGAUUGUAUUGUCAAUUCUAGCAGUUCUGAGGAAAUGUCCAAGACCUUCGACAGGAAUCUUAAAGAUACAGUAGAGGAUUUAGAACUGCGAGACAAAAAGAGGAAGCAAACUUGUGAAUUGCAGCAGCAGAGUAAUAGUGAGAAUGGUGAUUCAAGCACGGAGGGAGAUUGCCACAACAAGAAAGGCUCAGUCUUUCAGAAUGUGACUGUGCAUAAGAAAAUCAUAACUACACAGACAAGAUCAGAGACAACUGUGGUUAACGAUGGCUGCCAAUGGCGAAAAUAUGGGCAAAAGAUGACAAGAAACAACCCCUGGCCUAGAGCUUAUUACAGAUGCGCCAUUGGACCAUCUUGCCCAGUUAGAAAACAUGUACAGAGGUGUAGUCAUGACUCCACUAUUGUGAACACUACUUACAAAGGCCAACAUAAUCAUCUUAUCAAGCCUGUGGAGAAGGGCCCCAUGAAUGCUGCAACUGAUCUGCAAAUUGCUAAGGGUUGUGCCAGCUUGAUGGCAGGGAAUCAACUCCCAUUUCCUGCCGCAGUCUCAUUCAUGGGUUCAUCUCCCAUCAUCACUCUUGAUCUUACAAGAAAUCUUGAAGCUCCCUGAGUCAAACAUUCAAGGGACCUGAAGGCCUUAGAUUCAGGAAAGUGUGGAUGAGUUUAUACAGUACAGUUUGGAAGAGUUUGUACACAGUACACCAGCUGUUUAGUUGGAAGCUCAAGUCUCGGAACAAAUGGUUGGUAUAGUGAUUUCAGAUGAGCCAUCUAAAUAAGUCAAUAUUUAGAAUGUGUUCUUUAAGUUUAGUCAAUACGAAUUCAUUGUUUAAGGAGGAGCGUAAAAUAGAGUUUAUAUGUAACAUGAAUUGUGACAGUUUAUGUUAACUCAAUUGUAACCAAAAUUGUAAAUAUAGUUUGGUAUCUGUUUGGUUACCUCAAUUUGAAAUCCAAAAUAUAGUUUGGCAUUAUAGUUCUCA